AUGGGGACUGAGAACAAGGUGAUUCCCAAGGAAGAAGUUUCUGAAGAAUAUGAACCACAUGGGGCAAUAUUAGAAAAACUUCCCAAGGUGGUUUACCAGGGUCAUAAGUUUGGAGCAGCAUGUGAAGAAUACAUGUUGGAGGGACAUUCGAGAGAGUCUAUAGAAGAAAUUGUGGCGCUAUCUCCUCAGGAGAGAGACUUUGCACCAGAGCUGAUUAUCUUUAAGAAAUCACCCUCAAGUGAAAAAGACCAGGAGUACAAUGAGAGUGAGAGAGGCGGCAGUCCCAGCCCAAAUCUGGUUACACAUCAGGGAGAAAGCACAGUAGAGGCAGUUAGUAUAUUUGCUACCUCUGGUCACAGUUGCAUAGAGAAUUCAGAACCUAACACAACACAGAGGAAUUCUGUGGGAGAAAAGCCUCACACAUGUAAAGAAUGUGGCAAAGCCUUUAAUCAGAACUCCCAUCUUAUCCAGCAUAUGAGAGUUCACAGUGGAGAGAAACCCUUUGAAUGCAAAGAAUGUGGAAAGACGUUUGGAACUAACUCAAGCCUUCGGAGGCACCUGAGAAUUCAUGCUGGAGAGAAACCCUUUGCUUGUAAUGAAUGUGGAAAGGCCUUCAUUCAGAGUUCACACCUCAUCCAUCAUCAUAGAAUUCAUACUGGAGAAAGACCAUAUAAAUGUGAAGAAUGUGGUAAAGCCUUCAGUCAGAAUUCAGCCCUUAUUCUGCAUCAGAGAAUCCACACUGGAGAGAAACCAUAUGAAUGUAAUGAAUGUGGGAAAACCUUUAGGGUUAGCUCACAGCUUAUUCAGCAUCAGAGAAUCCAUACUGAAGAAAGAUACCAUGAAUGCAAUGAGUGUGGCAAAGCCUUCAAGCAUAGCUCAGGCCUUAUUAGACACCAGAAAAUUCAUACUGGAGAGAAACCAUAUCUGUGUAACGAAUGUGGGAAAGGCUUUGGUCAGAGUUCUGAACUUAUCCGGCAUCAAAGAAUUCAUACAGGGGACAAACCCUAUGAAUGCAAUGAAUGUGGGAAAACUUUUGGUCAGAAUUCAGAAAUUAUUAGACAUCUUAGAAUUCAUACUGGUGAGAAGCCCUAUGUAUGUAAGGAGUGUGGGAAGGCCUUCAGAGGCAACUCGGAACUUCUUAGACAUGAGAGAAUUCACACGGGAGAGAAACCUUAUGAAUGCUUUGAGUGUGGAAAGGCUUUCAGACGGACCUCUCACCUUAUUGUCCAUCAGAGAAUUCAUACUGGAGAGAAACCCCAUCAGUGUAAUGAAUGUGCAAGGACCUUUUGGGAUAACUCUGAGCUGCUGCUUCAUCAGAAAAUCCAUAUUGGAGAGAAGCCUUAUGAAUGUAAUGAGUGUGAGAAAACAUUCAGCCAGCAUUCCCAACUUAUCAUUCAUCAGAGAAUUCACACUGGAGAGAAGCCUUAUGAGUGCCAAGAGUGUCAGAAGACAUUUAGUCGAAGCUCUCACCUUCUCAGACAUCAAAGUGUUCAUUGUAUGGAAUGA